AAGGGGUUAGUAGGCUGUGUAACACAGACGGGUUCGCAGCUUAGAACGUACGUUGCAUCUUCGAAAAUGGCAGGAAGAGAGUUCGUUCCCCCAUCUCACUAUGACCCAGCUAUUGUGGCCCUUGAAGAAGCAGUGAAGCUCUCCAAAGCCCCCGGCACCGCCCCUGAGCUGGCAGACGCUGUACAGAAGGUUCGAGACCUGGUGAGGAUCAGAGAAGAAUUCACGAGUUUUACCACCACCAAGGGCAGCGAAGGGUGCCAGGCCAUCUACGAGGCGACAACGAAACACGACUGGGAGAAACCGUUUGAGGAGGGAAAAACAACAUGGCUGCUGAGGCCAUUCAUGAUGAGUGGGCAUCUAGAAGGUCAGUUUUUAAAGUCCAUAGUCAGUAUCCAAAAAGCCAAAAGAAUUCUGGAUAUCGGAAUGUUCUCUGGAUACAGCGCACUUUCUAUGGCGGAGGCCUUGCCAGCUGACGGGGAAGUUAUAACGAUUGAUCAAGACGAGUAUCUCAAAACAUUUGUUGAGGAUUUAUUGGUGAAGUCACCACAUGGGAAGAAAGUGAAGAUUGUUUUAGGUAAAGCUCUUGACCUUAUUGAAAAGAUGUCAAAAAAUAAAGAAGUGUUUGAUAUCAUUUUCUUGGAUGCUGACAAGUCUGAAUAUAUAGAAUACUUUAAAUAUGCCUUUGGUCAGAACAUGCUGAGCCCAGGGGGGUGUGUGCUGAUAGACAACGCCUAUAUGCUGGGGGACGGCUACCUCCCCAAUGCUAGAAGAGAUUGCUCCAGGAUAUUAGCUGAGACUAUUGCGGCUGAUCCAACAUUGCACUGUGUUCUUGUACCAAUCAGGGAUGGCAUAUUCUUGAUUCGUCGAAUCACUGAUGUUGAAGGUGCAGUGGCCUAGUUGACUUUUAAGUGACACAAGUUCUGUUUUAGGUUGUUUUAGCUUUGCAUUCAAUUUGAACAUUAGUCUACAAAAAUAAAAUGAACACGUUUGUUCAUUAAUUGUAGGCAUACUAAGGAUUUCUAUAUCCUUUUUUAUUUUAUAAAUUAAAUGGAAUUUACAAUUUUUAAAGUUGCAUUUCAUUGUAUUUAAUUUUAUUACUGCCGUGUAAUUUUAUUCUAGUCUUACAGAUGAUAUAGCUGUAAAACUGUGCCAUGUUUAUCAUUAAGAUAAAUUAUAUGUUGUUAUUUCAUUGUUUCAUGCCUUUGUGGAUCUUUAAAUCAUAAACAUUAUGCAAGUAUUUUUAAUAAAG